CUGAUUCUAAAGCAUUUGACGUUACUCUAAUAAUAACGUUACUCAGACACCUGACCAAUAUCAGUCCUCCUCAUGGUGGAUUUGACAGGUUACCAUCUGAUAAUGAAACCACACCUUCUUCAGAUUUGGCCAGGAUUAAAUAUUACAGGAACUUCCUUGUUCACCUGGAAGAGGGAAAAGUAGACUGUUCUACAUUCACAACAGCAUGGGAUACUGUAACUAACGCUAUCAGCCGAUUAGGCGGACAACCAAUGAAACUGGAGUGUGAUGACCUGAAGGUUAAGAUACUAGACCAGACAAAUCAGGAAAUAAUGCUGGACAUUAAACGUUCAAAUGGUGAAAUAAUGGAAUUGAAAAAGUCGUAUGAGAGGUUGAACAAGUCAGUGAAGGGCUUGAAGAGAGCAAAGAAAGCUUUGACAAAAAAAGUGAAAAAGUUGAAGACAUCUCAAGAAGAUACAGUACCUUGGAAUAUAAGGGCACAAAUUAGUCAGAUUCUUAUGGAGUGGAAGGAUAAUGACCAGAUGUUUAUAACAACAGAAGCUACAAAACAUGUACUGAAAUGUAUAAAGGAGAACAGUUGUGUGACUAUUGCUGCUAGUUCUGGUGUUGGUAAGACGGCAAUACUCCGACAUGUGUCUUUACAAAUGACAAACGAAGGGUACGAUGUACUACCAGUUACAGAUCCAGGUGACAUUGUUAAGUUUUAUAAUCCAAAUCAGAAAACAUUGUUUGUUAUUGAUGAUUUAUGCGGAAACUUUUCUUUAAACCAGACCGACAUAAAACUUUGGGAACCAGUCAUGGAGCGAGUAAAAAAUAUCCUUUCGAAUACACAUGCUAAGAUAAUAGCAGCGUGUCGAUUACAAGUGUAUCAGGAUGACAAAUUUGAAUCUUUAUCAGUUUUCAAAUCAUGUGUUUGCAACAUUUUAUCAGAUAACAUGUGCUUGACAAAAGCUGAAAAGGAGUCAAUAGCUGGGUUAUAUCUGAAAACUAAAGCUCCUGAGAUUUUAGAUUAUUAUGAUUUAUAUGAUUGUUUCCCUCUUUUAUGUAAAUUGUAUCAUGAAAAUCCUGCACUUAAUAUCAAAGAAUUUUUCCAGAGCCCAUUUACAGUUUAUGAAGCAGAGAUUGACAAACUACAGAAAAAAGGAUUUUCUAGUAAAUACUGUGCUUUGGCUCUAUGUGUCAUAUUUAACAACAAUCUGAAUGAAGAGAUAUUAACAGAGGAUAUGAACAAAGAAACAAGAUCUAUGAUUGAGGACACGUGUGAGGCAUGUAAACUGGAUAGAGGGACAUCAAGGCUUACUUUACAGGAUGAACUAAACUCACUUACACAUACAUUUCUAAAAAAGGAACAAAACACAUACAAAACUAUACAUGAUAAAAUAUUCGACUUUCUGGUGUAUUACUUUGGACAGAAAAUAAUCAGCUGCUUGAUAAAGAAUGCAGAUAGUUGUUUGAUCAUGGAAAGAUUUUUGUUAGAUAAACAAAACAAUGUUGAUCAGUUUAUAACAAUUGUACCUCCUAAGUAUCAUGACAUGUACAUGGAAAGAAUGAUUGAUGACUGGUCAAAAGGCAAAGUAAAUGAUGUGUUUUGUAACAUAAAUAUGAACAUUCCUCACUUCAGACAGAGAUUUCUAUGUGUUUUGAAUAAACUGGAUGUAUCUUACCAGACACAAUUAGCACUCACCUGUGAUGUAUAUAACAAUGAUACUGCUCUGUUUCUGUCAUGUUUUGAUGGUGACAUUCACAUGAUUAAUUGGUGUAUUAAUAAUGGUGUUGAUGUAAAUCAAUGCAGUAGUGAUGAGACAUCACCGCUAUAUAUAGCUGCUCAAGACGGUUGGGCAGAAAUAGUAAAGAUGUUGUUAGACAUAGGAGCAGAUUAUAAUAAAUGUGACAAUGAUGGUUGGUCACCUGUAAACAGUGCUUGUAGAUAUGGACAUACAGAAAUAGUGAGAAUGUUGUUAGACAUAGGAGCAGAUUAUAAUAAAUGUGACAAUGAUGGUUGGUCACCUGUAAACAGUGCGUGUAGAUAUGGACAUACAGAAAUAGUGAGAAUGUUGUUAGACAUAGGAGCAGAUUAUAAUAAAUGUGACAAUGAUGGUUGGUCACCUGUAAACAGUGCGUGUAGAUAUGGACAUACAGAAAUAGUGAGAAUGUUGUUAGACAUAGGAGCAGAUUAUAAUAAAUGUGACAAUGAUGGUUGGUCACCUGUAAAGAGUGCUUGUAAUUAUGGACAUACAGAAAUAGUGAGAAUGUUGUUAGACAUAGGAGCAGAUUAUAAUAAAUGUGACAAUGAUGGUUGGUCACCUGUAAAUAUUGCUUGUAGAAAUGGACAUACAGAAAUAGUGAGAAUGUUGUUAGACAUAGGAGCAGAUUAUAAUAAAUGUGACAAUGAUGGUUGGUCACCUGUAAAGAGUGCUUGUAGAUAUGGACAUACAGAAAUAGUGAGAAUGUUGUUAGACAUAGGAGCAGAUUAUAAUAAAUGUAAAAAUAAUGGUUGGUCACCUGUAAUGAGUGCUUGUAGAUAUGGACAUACAGAAAUAGUAAGAAUGUUGUUAGACAUAGGAGCAGAUUAUAAUAAAUAUGACAAUAAUGGUUGGUCACCUGUAAUGAGUGCUUGUAGAUAUGGACAUACAGAAAUAGUGAGGAUGCUGUUAGACAUAGGAGCAGAUUAUAAUAAAUGUAACAAUAAUGGUUGGUCACCUGUAAUGAGUGCUUGUAGACAUGGACAUACAGAAAUAGUGAGAAUGUUGUUAGACAUAGGAGCAGAUUAUAAUAAAUGUAACAAUAAUGGUUGGUCACCUGUAAUGAGUGCUUGUAGAUAUGGACAUACAGAAAUAGUAAGAAUGUUGUUAGACAUAGGAGCAGAUUAUAAUAAAUGUGACAAUAAUGGUUUGUCACCUGUAAUGAGUGCUUGUAGAUAUGGACAUACAGAAAUAGUGAGGAUGCUGUUAGACAUAGGAGCAGAUUAUAAUCAAUGUAUAAAGGAAGGUUGGUCACCUGUAAUGUUGGCUUGUAUUGCGGGUCAAACAGAAACACUGAGGAUGUUGUUAGACAUGGGAGCAGAUUAUGAAAAAUGUAACGAUGAUGGUUGGUCACCUGUAAUGAGUGCUUGUAGAUGUGGACAUAUAGAAAUAGUAAGAAUGUUGUUAGACAUAGGAGCAGAUUAUGAUAAAUGUAACGAUGAUAGUUGGUCACCUGUAAUGAGUGCUUGUAGAAACGGACAUACAGAAAUAGUAAGAAUGUUGUUAGACAUAGGAGCAGAUUAUGAUAAAUGUAACGAUGAUAGUUGGUCACCUGUAAUGAGUGCUUGUAGAAACGGACAUACAGAAAUAGUAAGAAUGUUGUUAGACAUAGGAGCAGAUUAUAAUAAAUGUAACGAUGAUGGUUGGUCACCUGUAAUGAGUGUUUGUAGAUGUGGACAUAUAGAAAUAGUAAGAAUGUUGUUAGACAUAGGAGCAGAUUAUGAUAAAUGUAACGAUGAUGGUUGGUCACCUGUAAUGAGUGCUUGUAGAAACGGACAUACAGAAAUAGUAAGAAUGUUGUUAGACAUAGGAGCAGAUUAUAAUAAAUGUGACAAUGAUGGUUGGUCACCUGUAAAGAGUGCUUGUAGAAAUGGACAUACAGAAAUAGUGAGAAUGUUGUUAGACAUAGGAGCAGAUUAUAAUAAAUGUGACAAUGAUGGACUGUCACCUGUAUUGAGUGCUUGUGUGGAGGGACAUAUAGAAAUAGUGAGAAUGUUGUUAGAUAAAGGAGCAGAUUAUGAUAAAUGUAACAAUGAAGGCAAGUCAGCUGUCAUUAUUGCUUUUGAAAGAGGUCAUAGUGAUAUAGUUAAUGUGAUAAAUGAACAUUCCAGGAACAAAACAGGUACAAAACACUAGACUGUUGGUUAUCCCGUCUGAAUUGUUUUAUACUAGUAAUUUUGAGGCCCUUUAUAGCUUUUUGUUCGGUGUGAGCCAAGGCUCCGUGUUGAAGGCUGUACAUUGAACUAUAAUGGUGUGCUUUUUAAAAAUUGUUAUUUAGAUGGAGAGUUGUCUCAUUAGCACUCACACCACAUCUUUCUCUAUCUACAUAACACUAGAAUUUUAUUUUUCCCCCAAGAUCAUUUAAUUUUAGGAUUUAAAAAUAUGCUUUAGAUAACCUUUAUAACUCCUUCAAAUACUUAAACAUUCCUCAUCAGUAUAUAUGUUCAUCAUGUUUUUUUUUAACCACUGAACUUAACAGAGAUCUUCCCAACUAUGCAUUAAAUAUUUGACUAUGAAUGUCAAGCAUGGAACAAUGAAUCAAUCAAAAAGUUAAAAACACAGUUGUAAGAUGUACAAAAUGAAAUUAAAAUACAAAUGUGGAUAAUAAAAACAGUUUGCAAUGUGUAAUUAUAUUUUCUAAUUUUGGUUCCGUCUAUAAAUUGGUCUGCUUUAAGGUCCAAAGGGUUUAAAAUAAAACUUAGUUUGAUUUGAACAAAAAGUCAAUUCUCAUUUUUUUUAAUAUUCUGAAUCUUAAAGUGUAUUUAGAUUUUUGAUUUUUGAUUAUGGGCCAAGUUUUCAAGAUGGUCCAAAUCGGGGUCAAAAAAUUAAACUUUGUUUGAUUUCAACAAAAAUUGAAAAUUCUUGGGGUUCGUAUAUAUGCUGAUUCUAACCGGUUAGUUCUUUGAUGUUUGGUCCGUUCGGGAUUUGGUCUACAUUGAGGUUCCAAGGGUCCAAAAUUAAACUGUUUGAUUUAAUCAAAAAAUUUAACACUUGGGGUUCUUUGAAAUGUCUAAUCUAACUGCGUAUCAAGAUUUGAAUUUUGGUCCCGUUUUCAAAAUUGGAUUACAUAAAGGUCCAGAGGGUCUUAAAUUAAACUUAGUUUGAUUUUAACCAAAAUUGAGUUCUUGGGGUUCUUAAGUAUUAUGAAUCUAUUAA